CCAAAUAUAGACGAAGCCCAGGAAAUUACGUACUUCUGAUUCUGAAGCUCAGAGCCCUUUCUAGUCUCUACAGCUGCGCUCCUUCGCCGGGCCACCCCUCCCGCCACCACCACCACCCCCUCCCAAGCAACUGCCGCAACAAGAACCUCCCCCUUCAUCCCGUUAUUAACUCUCCUGCAUCCAAUUCGCAUAUUAGUUCAACAAAGAUCAUGGCUGGCAGAGCCGAAGCAGAACCAGUGAAUGAACAAGCUGUUGCGAAUGUUUAUGGUUCAAUGAGGGCUGAAAUGAACCAAAUUUACUCGAAAAUCACAGAAUUAGAGAUGGAAGUUAGUGAGCACUCGUUGGUAAUCAAUGCAAUACAACCACUUGAUCCAUCAAGGCGGUGUUACCGAAUGAUUGGUGGCGUGCUUGUGGAGAGAACAGUUAAAGAGGUCCUACCAGCUGUUCAACGGAAUAAGGAAGGCCUUCUGGAGGUAAUUGCUCGGCUUAAUGAGGCCCUCGAAAAGAAGAAAAAGGAAAUUGCUGAUUUUGAGGCUAAAUACAAAAUCAGAAUUCGUAAAGCAGAUGAAAUGAAAGAUGAAGGUGGCAAAAAGGAAGGCUCAGCACAGGGAGUUCUUGUCGGUCCUGCUGGUGGAGAUGAAUAGGAAACGUGUGUCUGUUUGAUGCCCUUUUAUCUGUAUCAUCUCUAAUUUGCUGCAUCAUAUCCCAAGUCUUUAACAUCUUAAUCUAGCUCCUUUUUGUUGCAUUUACUGAAUUAAACUGUACUUGCCCAAGUUUUAUGAAGGAUACUGAGCAAUAGGCUUUUCCCCUGCA